CUCAAUCAGAUGUGGUAGGGAUAUUCCAAAAUGGUAGAUGAUGUUGGAAUUUGAUCGGUUUGUGUGUGAUAUUAAAUUUUAUUUUUUGUGUCGGCAGAGAUAUGUCGCGUCUGGCCGAUUAUUUUGUGAUUAUUGGAUAUGAUCAUGAAAAAGAAAGGAGUGGUCAGAGCAAUGGACUAAUUCUGCAGCGAUUUCCAAAAACAGACUGGAGUGACACACCGUUUAUCGAAGGCAUUGAAUGGUUUUGCCAACCGCAAGGAUGGGCCCUGUCGACCGAGCGUCAGGAGCCUCACUUCUUCGUUUCCGUGCUGACAGACGUGGACGCCAAUCGGCACUACUGCGCAUGCCUCUGCUUCAACGAGACCGUCUCCAUCACGCCUAGCAAGCCCGUCGAUGAGGUGGGUGAUUCAUAUACAACUGGCAGUGUUGAUACUAUAGAGACAAUGCAACCUGUAAAUGAGCCGAAAAAACGCGUCAAUGCACCACCUUCGUAAACAAAGCCAUAGUGC